UUGAAGACAGUUCAUCAGUCCGGUGUUGAGUUGAAUUAUUAUUAAUUUUUGUGCAAUUUUACAUCAGUAAUUAUUACCGGGACGUGCAACUAGUAAAAUAAAAAGGAUAUUUACCAAAACGGCCCGCCGCCGUCUAGAAUAUUAGUUAUAAUGGCGCCAACUAGGCUGGCUGCUAAGUCGAUUGGCGUCAAUGAGAACUUGAACGGUAUCCUGGGCCAUGGGAUAACGACGAGGAGUAAGCAGUUGGCUUCUCUGAAGACACACAAAGACGUGUUGAAGGUGCCAAACAAGAGGAAAGCGGACAGCCCUUUGAAAGAUGUUACGGCAAAGAGGGCUGCGUUUGGGGAUAUCACGAAUGCCUUCAACAAAUCGGCAGCUGUACAUGAGAAAGACAAGCACAUGCUCCCCAAAAAGGUCACGGUGGAGACCAAAAUGCUACCAACAGUAAAGAGCAUCAAACCACAAGCCACUUUGAAUGGUAAAACCUCUAGAGCAAAACAGCUGCAGAAAGUAGCCACCAACGCUAUAGAAUCUGUUCAGAAGCAUUUUGCCAAGGACCCUCCCAAGGCAAUCUCCACAAGGGCUCAUAAUGGGAUUCUCAAGAAUAUUGAGAGGAAGUCUACAGGGAAGGAGAAUCAGAAUAAUAGCAACAGCUCAGGGUCUGCCAAGUCGGGGAGGAGUGAUGUAUCUGGCGAGCCCUCUCUUUAUAUGACUGCUUUGGAGAACAUUAGCCCGGCAGACGCGACGAAAGAAGAAUACAAGACGAUAAGUGAAAAACUUGAUAAAGUAAACUUAGAUGACAGUGUGAACAAGUCUCUUGAUAGUGAGACAGAGAUUCCUCACUGCGCCCCUAACAACGUGGUGGACUUCGACCAGGAGAAUUGGAAUGACCCACUACAGGUUUCCCACUACGCAAUGGACAUAUUCAACUAUUUGAAGACCAGAGAACGUCUGUUCCCAAUCGACGACUACCUCCAACGUAUGAAAGGAAUCACAUCCUGGAUGCGAGCAUUACUCGUGGACUGGAUGGUCGAAGUUCAAGAAAGCUUCGAGCUAAACCAUGAGACACUGUACCUGGCCGUCAAGCUGGUAGACCUAUUCCUGACUAGGUCUACACAGAACAAACCAGAGAAUGAACAUCUGACUAAAGAGGAACUGCAGUUGCUUGGCGCGUCUGCGCUGUUCAUCUCCUCUAAGUUUGACGAACGCAUCCCGCCCCUAGUGGACGACUUCCUAUACAUCUGCGACGGCGCGUACACGCUCAGCCAACUCCUCAAGAUGGAGAUGAACAUACUGCGCGUGAUCGACUUCGACCUCGGCAUCCCGCUGUCCUAUCGCUUCCUCCGGCGGUAUGCGCGGUGCGCGCGAGUUUCGAUGCCGACGCUGACAUUAGCGCGGUUCGUUCUGGAGCAGUGUCUCCUGGAGUACGGGCUGGUGGGCUACUCCGACAGCAAGAUGGCGGCGGCGGCGCUCUACCUCGCACUGCGGAUGAAGUCGCUCGGACACUGGACUCCCACACUACAGUAUUACACAGGCUAUUCUGUAAAGGACUUACUCCCCGUCGCGCUCGCUCAGAACGCAGUUUUACACAAGAAGCCAAAGUCAGCUAUCAGCACAGUACGUAACAAAUACUCCCACACAAUAUUCUUCGAAGUCGCCAAGGUACCUCUCAUCGAGGACUCCGUACUGUCAAGCUGAGGCGAACCCAGUGGCACUUUACACGCUGUCAAAAAACUGCUAAGGUGGGUCCAAAUUCUUUAACUUUUAUAGGUAAGGCGCUACAUGUCAGGCAUAUGUUAAUUGUAAAAUAGCGCGACGGACGUCUACGAAGAUUAUCAAGAAAACGAAGGUGCCUGUGACGUGGUGGAACUUUUUUAUAUAAUGGUAAUUUAUCUUUAACCUGACUUAAAAUACUAGGAAACCCCCAUUGUAUCGGCAGAUUAACGCUAACAAAUUUCUGUAAAUAAUUAAAAUACCACCACUAAAAUUAAAUCGAAUUUUGACAACUAAAAUGAACUUACAAUUCCAAAUGGGGCUGUAAAAUCUUCAAGCUUCAUACAUAAUGUCAUCCUUGCCUAAGCUUUAUGACUUCACGAAUGAUGUUUUUGAUUCAACAUGACAGUGAAUUUAUGUAUUAUCUCUGCUAAGCUGAAGCUUCACACAGAAAGUGUAUAACUUGGUUGGGACUUGGCCGCACGCAACUGACUUAGUACUGUUACAUUGUCAAUUGUGCCGUGCUAACAAACUUAACUAAUGUUACAACCAUCUAGAGCGCAUUCAAUGACUGAUUAGGCAACCUGUUAUUCAUUGUUUAGUAUCAUUAUUACAUCUCUAUUUGGUGAGGAGAAAAACAGAAUUUGUGAUUGAUAACUAGCUGAUGCGAAACAAGAGAAUAAUUUUAUAUUUAUUUUAGAAAUAUGUAUCUUUUCUCUUCACAAACGCGUGUAUAAGUAUAUUGUUUAUUCUAAUUUAGACAAUAUUUUUCAUCUAUAAUCAGUACCGCAAUAGAUGUAACUACAUGUGUUAGUAAAGGCUACAUAUUGUAAGGUGCCACGUUUAGUUAUCGCGUUAAGUAUUUAAGUACAUGUUUGACAUAGAAUUUAGAAUAAUAUAAUAUGUAGCAGUACGCUUAUAACUUAAUGGGACCAGGACAACACUGCCAAACUAGACCUAGGUAGUGAAUUAGAUCAAAUUUAAGUAGCGUUAACUUCGAAGCGGCAUAGAAUUGUUGAACCUAUAAUCUUUUAAUAUUUGCGUUUUUUAUGCAAAGUUUAUUUACAUAUUUUGGAAAGACUGAAACACUAGGGACGAAGAAUUCUUCGCGCACAUUAUUACCUCUAUUUUUGUAGAAAUUUUCUUCUAUAUUUUGAUAAUUUUGUGCCAUAAGACAUGGCAAUUAAAACCACCGAAUGACCAGAGGACAUUGUCCUCUAAAUGUAAGGAGAUGAACGCUUUGUAUGUUUGGUCCAAUGAAGCUCAAAGUUUCGUAGAUAUAUCUCCGUGUUUUGUUUGAAAUAAGAACUGAAAAAUAAGAACCAAAAUCAUAAAACCUGCCGCCUUCCGCAAUCCUCAAUAUUUACCAAAUAUACUAGACAUAAAGCACAUUCCAAUAUUGUUCUCAGUUCGCUGUUUACUAUAAAUUUAGUGUUACUGUCUUCCUUUAGAAAAAAAAUAGGUAGUAACAAUCGGCUAAUAUGUUAUGUAUUUGUAUUUUUAUAGCAACAGUAGCAAUAAGGCUUUGAAUACGCUUUUUCCAGAGACGUUAAAAUUUUCGGAUAACUACGUAGUGUAAAUUAUAAUUACUAGUUUUGGUAACUAUUUAAAAUAAUAUUUUUUAAUACUAUAAAUCGUUUAUGAGUUCAAGAUUCAAUUGAUUAUUGGACCAAUGAAAUGUGAUUUGCUAAUUAAUGCAAAAUAUAGGCAAAAGUACGAGGCAAAAGUACGAACUUUUGCCCAAGGGUUACGAAACCCUUAGCAUAAGAUGCAUAGACAAGGUGAUGAAUCUCUGUAUCGAAUGAUUGUAGUAUGAUCAACUCUCGCCGGAGAAAGCGUUUUUAUACAUAGUAUGUGUUGUAUGUGGCAUAGGUACUUUGCUAUUAUACUCUUAUUAAUGGAUUUUGUAGCAUUUUAAUAAUUAAUUUACAUAGUAGUUGUGAGACUAUCACAUCAUUUGUCUUAUGUUUUGUAAUUUAUCACAUUUUAAAGAGUACAAAAUAUUGGAAUGUUAUAAUAAUGUUGUUCGCUAAUGCUAAGUUUUAGAUUAAUUUCACUUUUAAAGUUUUUACUUGGAUAUCCUUUGUCGUAAUUAUACAAUGUUAAUGUAAAACUUGUGACUUGUAAAUAAAAAGUGAUUUUGGUUUGGUAAAA